AAUGGUACAAAAGAAACCUUCUCAUGCCAUUUUGCUGCUUGUGACUUUUUCAUCUUGAGACUAAAAGUACGAACAUGGCCGAUCAUCAGAGAAUCCAUCCGGUGGACGUCGAGAGGCCCCCGCCGUCGGCUCCGGCGGUCCCCGACGCCUUUUUGGGUUCUGACAAGACCGAAGAAGCCGGCCUGCUGCCGCCUAACAGACCCGCCUCCUCUGCCGAAGUACCCAGGAAGAAGCGAAACCGCUGCUGCAGGUGCCUUUGCUGGACCGUCGUCGCCGUGGUCGUCGUCAUCGUCCUCCUCGCUGCUACCGUCGGGAUUCUAUACCUUGUAUUCCGGCCGAAGAUCCCCAAGUACUCCGUCAACCGCCUCACCGUCACCGCGUUCAGUGUUGACGCCAACCUCACUGCUCGCGCCACUUUCAACGUGACGGUAACGGCAUGGAACCCGAAUAAGAAGAUUGGCAUUUACUACGACGACGGCAGCGACAUCGGCGCGUGGUACGAGAACACGAAGCUGUGCAACGGCACCUUCCCGGAGUUCUACCAGGGCCACCGGAACACAACAGUGCUCGGCAUCAUGCUAAGUGGCGAGGCGCGUUUGCAAGGGGAGCUUCUGUCGGCGCUACAGCAGGCGGAGGCCGAGGGGUCAGUGCCGAUAACCGUGCGGGUCGAUGUGCCGGUGCAGAUCAAGUUUGGCGCCGUGAAGCUGUGGAGGAUGACCGGAAAGGGGACGUGUGAUUUGGUGCUGAGCAGUUUGAGCGCCGGAGAUGAGAUCAGCAUUAAAUCUAGCAGUUGCCACUUUAAGCUGAAGCUGUAGUUGCGGUUAAUUGGUGUUUUGUGGAGGGAUAAUUUUUCGUACAGGAGAAUGGGUAGUUUUCAUUCUAUUUUUUAUUCAUUUUUCUUUUCUUUUUUUUUAUUAGGUAUA